AUGGAAGCUGAGAAUAAAUUUGUUUCAAAAUUCAUCUUAGAGAUUACCUUGGUCGUUAUACUCAUGAUGUUUGCUGGUACCUUUGCUCAAUGUCUAAAAAAGCAAGUCCAGAUAAGUAGAUGCGACAACAUGAAUAAUGAACUGAAGGGGUCACAAGAACGUAUCCAAAACUUGAAAGGAUGUCUUGAAGCCGAGGUAAGGAUUUUCAAAGUUAAGGCAAUUUUAUUUAUACUGGAUAGCUCUAUCCAAAGAUGUAAACUCAUGCAUGUUCUUCCUAGAGGUCUAGCAACGCCUGUAGCAUUCCUAUUGAAAAUGAUAACACUUAAAUAUUUUUUCACAUAGUGCAUCAAGAUAUCUGAAUCACCAAAUAAGAAAGAUUGCAGGCACCCGCCAAAGAAAGUCAUACCUGGAUUUAAUGCAUUAUCGAUUAACAAAACCUUAACAGUAAGAUAAAAUAUAUAAAAUAUUCGGCCAAGUUUUGGUACUAUAAUCUAUAUACUUAUAUUUGAUUUUAUAAUUGCAGGUCGAAAACUUCUUGAAAGAAAUCGCAAAGAGAAUUGCGAUCCAUAUAAUUCACAAUAAAGAUAUCAGACGGCAUUUUAAAAGUGUGAAAUGUCACAAGGACACUAAACUGGUCAAGUAUCAAUUGGACAAAAUGAAAAGCUGGAUCAGAAAAACAGUAAGGAACAAUUUCUAUAUCAACAACCUCCGUUAAAAUACGAUCUUAAUCCCAACCCGUGUAGUUAAGGAUGCAAAGCACUAUCCUCAUGGUCAAAAUUAACCAUUAUAUUGAAGAGGUAUUGGUACCACAGUGGUUAUAGUAGUUCGCUUUUUCAAAGUUACUUUUAGUUUAGUUGUAAUCACUUAAUUAUGAACUUUCUGUACCAGUGCCAAUAUAAAUAACAAGCUUUCGUUGGUAGCGACGCAACUAUACUUGAAAAAUAUAACUGGAGAAUUUCGACGUUUACAGCGAAGGCCCUUCAUCUGGAGUUACUACUACUUACUGCAAGGCAUUUUUUAAUACCAUGGACUGGUGGGGCAUUUGCUCCACUGGGUCCCUUCCCCUGCCCCACCAGUACCACUGAAGAAAAAAAAUGGCCUAUUUCCCCAAAGCCAGGGCCCUAGGACCAGUAUUGAGUAAAUGAGUUUAAAUUAACAUUGAAAAGAAGUUUAAAAAACAAAAUUUGUUGGUGAGCAUACUUAAACUUAUGUUAUGUUUGAAUGUUUAGCAUGCAAUUUAUUACAAAUUUCACCAUUAAAAAUUUAUUUUGAGAAGCUGAGAUUUUUUAAAAUGCGUUCUCAGAAUGCAGGAAAUGCUAUUUCAGAGACCCAAAUUUUAAAAAUUUUCAGGCGGAGGGGAGACAUGCCCCCAGCUUCAACCCCCCCCCCCCAGCUAACUCGUGCCUGCAGUACUCUGCUCACACCUUCGGCAACCGCAUACUAUGCUGGGGGAAGGGCAAGGAAAAUGGGCCCUUUGGCAGUUUUGCCCCACCACUGAAGAAUCCUUAAAAAUGUACCGACUUAAGGCGGUUUUCCAGUCCUCGCACGAAGCUCCUCGCAGCUCGCUGCGAGUGCUUGCAUCUAAUUAGGAUUAACGGUUUAGCAUUGUGAUUGGGUACUGAAAGUGCUCAUGCAUCACUCGCAGCGAGCUGCGAGGAGCUUCGUGCGAGGACUGGAAAUCCGCCUUUACUCCUUCGCUUCAAACGUCGAAAUUUUCCAGUUAUAUUUUUCAAGUAGUUGCAUUCCUAACAACGAAAGCUUGAUUACACUAUUUUCUCUUUUCAGCAACGAAAUCUUGGUUUCUCAGAGGUUGUACAGAGUCUGCCGCCAAAGCUUGCUACCACCGGGGCAAAGUCGCCCAAGGAUUGGUACGAUGUGGAAAUACAGAUGUUGACCAAUCUCAUGAAGGAUGUCAACGAUAUGCGAGGAUAUUUUAAAAGUUCAAAAACAUGCAUCAUUCCAGCAUGUUACGAUUGA